CGAAAAGUGAACUCUCAAGGCUAUAUAACUGUCAGGUAGGUGACAAUCAAAGACACGUAAACAAUCAUUUUUUACAGAUGAGCAGAUAACAUCCUACAAUUCAUAAUUUUGCAAGCAUUUUUCCUGUGAUUACCAAUAAAAUAAGGGACGUAAGUGCUGCACAAAAUGGACUUUUUCAAAAACAUUCCUACACAUAUGGAUUACGAGGGCCAAGCCAGAGCUGAGAAAUUAUCUAGGAUAAUCAUAACAGUUUUUGGAGUUGUUGGUGUGAUAUGGGGCUAUGUUAUCCAACAGUUUUCACAAACUGUCUAUAUUCUAGGAAUUGGUUUUGCCUUAUCACUGAUUCUAACAAUUCCACCAUGGCCAAUGUACAGGAGGAAACCAAUAAAAUGGCAACCAGCUAAGGAUGGUAAGGAAUUAAUACAUCAGAGCAAAGAUCAGGGAUCAAAGAAGGGAAAGAAAAAAUAGGUUACUUAUUGCAAACAUAAAUAAUUACGAUUAAAACUGUUUUCCCAUAAUGUUGAAAAAAAAAUCUGAUGAUUUGAAUAUUGUGUAAUUGAUGUAUCAAAAUAUAGGCAAAAUGAGGAAAAUGUCUUUAUUGUUGUCCCUACGGAAUUUUGAAAUAUUACUAGAUAGCCAGCUGCAAUUCUACUGCAAUAAAUAUUCGUGAAAAAGACAGUACUGGAUCAGCUGUUCACGUCUACGGACGUCAAAAUGCGAUGAAGUAUCGUGAAAAAUGGGUUACCUUUCUGUCAAAUCUACCUUUGACAGUUUGACCUCCAACCAUACUAGCACAAGCAAAAUUGUUCAGGGCAGUAAUGAACAAGGUGGGCUUUAUUGAUAACCAAUGAGAAUAUGGUAUUACAAGAAAAACGGCGAAAAAGUGGUAAAAUUAUUAUACUUCACUUCUGUAAUAAAAUCCAAUGAAGCGUGUGGAAACUUACCUGGAAGUAAUGUCUAAGUUUCAAGUUGUUCAAAGUCUCUCCUAGCCUAGGAUCGAAAUUCGAGAGGAC